AUGGGCACCGCUCUGGCGACGCACUGCUGCGCCAGCGAGGAGGAAGACAAACCGGAGGCCUUGAAGAACCUGAAGAAGGAUGUGGCCUUCGUCAGCGUCAGUCUGGACAAGCAGCCGUUGACUGAGUCCCUUCAGGGCAACUGGUAUCGGCAAUGCGACUCCAAGCACGUAGGUGAGAUCUGUGGUUCGAGUUUGUUCUGGAACCCACAGUGGGGGUUGACCGAUGUGUCGUCCCCUUUGUCCGAAGGUUCUUCUGGCCUUCUGGUGGUUCAGAUGGAAGAUGAGACCCGCUAUGCGACUGUGACGACGAAGCCACAGACGGCAAUCAUGUGGGCCGAUGGCGAUGUGUGGAUACGAAAGUGA